AUGCAAGCGUCGAAGAGGGCAAGGGUUCCAGCCCUCUCCCUGUGGUCGUUCAAGAGCGCCCAGAGAUUCUUCUCGUUAGGCGCCAGCGCCUCCCCUUCCCCCGCCCGAGCCACCCUGAACCACGCUAGCCGGACCCCGAGAUCGUCUUCGAUCCGCCCUGCCGGCGGCGGUGGCGGCGGCGGCGUGUCGCCGUCCUCGAUCUCCCCGAGCCCGCUCGCUCGCAAGCCCGGGUUUGGUUGGGGGGCGAGGCGCUUGUUCUCCGAGCAAGGCUCUGCUGCCGCUGCUGGCGAGGGCGUGGCCGGAGAUGAUGGUGAGAGCGAUGCCGGGGUGAGUGAUGGCGGUUUCGACGGUGACGUUGCUGACGCGCGCAGCACCGCCGGGCUCGAGACGAAGGAGGACUGCGAACCGCUGACGCAACCACAAGAGCAAGAGCAAGCGGAGCUCGAGCAGCAGCAGCAGGAGGAGGACGAGGACGAGGACGAGCAUGAGCGAGAGCUGGAGCUUGAGCUGGAGCGCACAGUUGCUCAUCCGCUGGUGACAAUAAUGGAGUCGUCGCCGCCGCCGUCGUCAGCAUCUUCCGCAUCGUCGUUGGAAGACGAAACAAUUCCAGGACCGGAGCAAAGCUCAGAAGCCGCUGUGGAACCCCCGCUGGAGCGCACAGUUGCUCAUCCGCUGGUGACAAUAAUGGAGUCGUCGCCGCCGCCGUCGUCAGCAUCUUCCGCAUCGUCGUUGGAAGACGAAACAAUUCCAGGACCGGAGCAAAGCUCAGAAGCCGCUGUGGGACCCCCGCUGGAGCGCACAGUUGCUCAUCCGCUGGUGACAAUAAUGGACUCGUCGCCGCCGCCGCCGUCAGCAUCUUCCGCAUCGUCGUUGGAAGACGAAACAAUUCCAGGACCGGAGCAAAGCUCAGAAGCCGCUGUGGGACCCCCGCUGGAGCGCACAGUUGCUCAUCCGCUGGUGACAAUAAUGGACUCGUCGCCGCCGCCGCCGUCAGCAUCUUCCGCAUCGUCGUUGGAAGACGAAACAAUUCCAGGACCGGAGCAAAGCUCAGAAGCCGCUGUGGGACCCCCGCUGGAGCGCACAGUUGCUCAUCCGCUGGUGACAAUAAUGGACUCGUCGCCGCCGCCGCCGUCAGCAUCUUCCGCAUCGUCGUUGGAAGACGAAACAAUUCCAGGACCGGAGCAAAGCUCAGAAGCCGCUGUGGAACCCCCGCUGGAGCGCACAGUUGCUCAUCCGCUGGUGACAAUAAUGGAGUCGUCGCCGCCGCCGUCGUCAGCAUCUUCCGCAUCGUCGUUGGAAGACGAAACAAUUCCAGGACCGGAGCAAAGCUCAGAAGCCGCUGUGGGACCCCCCGGACCUUCCCCCUCCAUCGCACCACCAUCAACAAGAGCGGGAGUUGGCCCAGGUCUGGCGGUUCGCGACGAGGAGAGCUCGGAUCCCGGCACCACCGCCGCCGCCGCCGCCACCGCAGAUCCUGCCGCGGCUUCGCCGGCUGACCCGCUCGCUAGUUCCCCGCGCACGCCGGCCGCCAGCGGUAGCGCCCUCGACACCACCGGCGGUACCGCCUCCGUCGCCAGCCCCUUCGUCACUGUGAGGAGCGCUACCGGUGCAAGAACGAAGACUGAAGAUCCCGCCGCCGCCGCGGGUGACCGUGAGACGGCCGCGGCCGUAGAGGUCGCCCCGGCGGGGCCCCUGAACGAAGAACCGGCGGCGUCGGCGGCUGCAGAUUCUCUGACGGUGGAGUGGCCAGACGAAGCAGGAGCGGCGGAGGGAUCCCUUUGCGACGCAGGAGGAUUGGCAGGGGAAUCUCUUCGCGGUGUAGGAGCAGCAGCAGCGGCGGCGGCGGCGGCGGCGGCGGCGGCGGAAGCGGCAGGGUCUCCGAACGAGCCAUCCGCGGAACUCGACUCUCCGACCGGAGCACUGGCCAUGGCUCCGCCGCCGUCGCCGUCCUCGCCGACCCCGCCCCCGCCGCCGCCGUCGACCACCCCCCGCUGCUCCCCGUCUUCCCCCCCCGGGGCCGCCGCCGGCGCCGGCGCGAAGGCCACCAGCACGGCGGAGGUGUUAACCCGCCUUGAGGGCCAAGAAGCGUGGGAGAGAUCUGCGAACUCGAAGAUGUCAUCGCUGGGGGUGGAGAUGGUGGAGUUCGUGGUUUUGCCGGGAGAUGGAAGGCGGGUGCCGGUGGUGGUUUCCCCCCGCGGCGGCGGCGGGAGGCGGACCCCGCCGCCUCCCGCCGGCGGCCGCCGUUUGGUGUCACCUCUGGCGGCGGUUGAGCCCGGGGGCGCCUUGCGCAGCAUGCGAGAGUCGUCGGCGUCGUCGUCUUUGUCGUCGUCGUCUUCGGCGUCGUCGUCGGUGGGGGCGGGGGACAGGGUGAGUCUCCGGAGAGAGGAGCUGGCGGUGGCCAAGCAGGGGGCGACGCGGUUGGGUUCUCUGGUAAAGACGAGGUCGGGCCAAGUGGGCACGGUCCGAUUCUGCGGCCUUACGGAGUUCGCCACGGGACUCUGGCUCGGCCUGGAGCUGGACUCCCCCGAGGGGAAGAACGACGGCUCCAACCAGCUCAAGAGGUAUUUCACCUGCCCCGAGCAACACGGUCUGUUCGUUCGUCCCACGAACGUCACCCUUGUCUCGGCUGCUCCUUCUUUUACUUCUCCCCCCGCCGCCCCCACCGCCGCUCCGGUGGCGGCCACGGCUUCUUUCGCGGACACCCCCGCCGGUAUCUUCGAGGACGGCAGCUGCGGCAGCAGCAGCAGCAGCGGCGGCGGUGGCAGCGUUGGGUUUGCGCUAGGAGAGGAUGACCGCGACUCCGAGGGUGGUGGCCGUGGUCUAGAGGCGAAGAUUGCGACUCCGACGCCGGCGACGGGGCCCCGUACCCCCCCACGGCGUGCGGAUGGGCGAUCCCCCCUGACCGAGGUGACCGAGGACAGGCGGCACUCCGUCAACAGCAACCCACCGCUAUCGCGGAGCGGUUCCCCUAUCGCCGCUGCUGCCGCCGCCCGCCGGAAGGAGCAAGAGAGAACGCAUGGCCUGUCUUCGGAGGGUGACAAGGCGGUCACCGCCGCAUGGCUCUUGCCGUUGCCGUUGACUCCCUCGUCCAACACCGAGAACGACGCGGGAUCGUCGUCCCCCCGCUCUUCUCCGCCGCCGGGAUCGUUCCCGGGUCUUGGCCGGCCGGCAAGCACGAUACCCUCGAUGGCGUCGUUCUCGGACGCGCUCGCCGAUGCCGAGACCGAGAACACUGCCGCGGCCGUCGUCGCCGCCGUUGACACCGCCGUCGCUACCGCGGCUACGGCUACGGACACGGAGGCGGCUGAAGGCUCCGGGGUCGAGGGCGGCCGCGACACGAUCGCAGUUUCUCCCGUGGUGGACAGUGCUGCAGACGCCGCUGGAGCCGAGGAGCCUCGGACCACCUCGGUGUUUCCUUGGAGCUAUUCCGGUCAAUCCGAAGAACGGUCCGGGGAGGGGGUCGGUGUGGCCGUGCCCGCUGAUGUCCCUACCCCCACCUACCCUGCAUUUACCGACCCGCUCUCCGCCACCACGACCUACGCGACUGCAAAGAGUGCCGCCGGAAAGGAUGCGGCACCGACGACCAUCACGCCCGCGAAGGUCAUCCAGAAGAAGGCCAAGCUGGUCGGCGACAAGGGCAGCGCGCCGGUGCUGGAAGCGGCGGACGUCGCCUCGACGAAUAAGGGAGCGGUCGCGGAGAAGAUCGCGCUCAUGGAGGCGACGUUCUCAUCGACCGCCGCUGACGCUGCUGCCUCGACCCCGCACGCCGGCCCGGUCACCAGGAAGGGCAACGACUCGGGCUGGGCGAAGCUUAACGCCACCGGCAGCUGGUCGAGUAUCGGCAGCUGGCGAUCGACCGGGGGGUCUAUCCCCGUGGACACGGACACGAAUCCCAAGGACGGUGGUGACCCUGGUGCCCCCGCCGCCGCCGUGGUCAGCGUUUUUCCCUUCUCGGAGGUGGACGAGUCGGCGGCGAUAGCAAUCCCCCCGGCGGAGACAGAGGGAAGCUCGAACGCGGCGGGAUUAAUUGCCGGGGUGACUUGCGGCUCGCCGAGCAGCCUUAUUUGGAGAAUGGACGGCCAGACCGUGCCGCCGGCGUCUGCCGCCACCACCGGCGACGGUGCUUCCGCCGCCGCCGCCACUCCCGGGGAGGGUGUGCCUGGCGAUGGUAGCACGGUGGUCACCGUUGCUGAGGAGAGCAACGUAGGAGGUUAUGUUCCACAGCCCCAAACCGCUCCCUGCGGUGACGCGGGCGGACUUGGCAGCAGCGGCGAAGCUUUCGGAACGACGGCAUCGGAGUCGGGGGUGACAGACGUCGCCGAUGCCGAGCUGGAUGCGACGGCCGGGCAAGACAAUCGGGAAGGGGUGUCCGAUGUGCAGGCUCUUACUGCUGAUUCAGGUGCUGGUGGACUGCCCCGCGAUGAUGUGCCGGAGGCACAAGCGUCGGGCGCGGAGGCAGGAGGAGAGCUCGGUUGCCAGGGCGGCGUGUUGGUGCCGUUGGAGACCGACGAAGGCGAAGGCGUUAGGCCUGGACAUGACGAAGGAUCAGGGUCUGAUGGGGAAGAAGUGGAAGUUGGCGAGGGCGAGGCAGGGUCCACUGCGGGCGUGGGAGACGUUGGCGGCGAUGGCCUGGACGUAUCGGACGGCCUGUUGCUGCCGUCAGAGACCGGCAACGGCUCCCUCGAGUAUGGGCAUGAACAAUCAGGGGCUGAUGAGGAAGGUGUGAGCGAAAGCGAGGGCGAAAGCGAUCGCGAAGGCGAUCGCGAAGGCGAGAACGAAUCCAAUGCAGCCAAUGCGGGCGGGGGAGACGCUGGCGAUGAUCCGGACGCUUCGGUCGGUUCGAUGGCGCCGUUGGCGACCGACGACAACACCCUCGAGCAUGGGCGUGAAAAUUCAGAGGCUGAUGGGAAGGAAGCGAUCAAGAAAGACUCGAGUGCAGCCGAUGCGGGCGUGGGAGACGUUGUUGAUGAUCCCGACGCUUCAGUAGGUGUGUUGACCCAGUCAGCGACCGACGACAACACCUCCCAGCAUGGCCAUGAAGAAUCAGAAGCUGAUGGGGAGGCGGUGGGAGUGGGCGAAAGCGAGGGCGUUGCUGCGGACCCGGGGCACGUUGGCGAUGAUCUGGACGCACCGGACGUCAUGAUGAUGCCGUUUGCGAUUGACGUCGACGCCUUCCAGCACGGGCAUGGAGACUCAGAGGCUGAGGGGGAGGUAGUGAGAGUGGGCGGUACGGGCAUGGGACACGUUGACGAUGACCUGGACGUGUCGGAGACUCUGGCAGCGAUAUACGAAACCGAAGCCGAAAUUGCCAGCUCAGGGGAUGCCAGGGAGAACCCGCAUGGAGAAUCGGAGGCCGGGGGGGCAGAAGAAAGCGUGAGAGAACCGAGUCCCAUGGACGGUGGUGGCCACGGCGUUGGCGGGGUCGUGGGUAGUGACGGAGGAAGAGCACGGGGCCGCGGUAAGCGCCUCGCGGCAUGCUGCCUCGGCGUCGCCGUGCCGAUUGCCGUUAUCGUGGUGAUGCUGGCGGCGGGGGCGGCGCUGAUCGCCGGACCGUCCGCCACCCCGACGAUCAUCCCCGCUACCCUCGACCACGCGUUCGGGGCAGCGAUGGACGCAGCCGCCCGCGUCAUGCCAACAGGCGGCGGGGGCGGCGUUAUGACCGAGCGUCUUCGCGGCGCCCUGCGGGAUGCGUACUUGAGUGUCGUGGACCCAAGCGCCCCCGGUCCGACCGACUCCAAUUUGUUCUCGGGGAGCGGGGAGGCGGCGGGGCAGGAGGAGGAAAAGAAUAGUGCCCCAUCAAGCGCGGAGGAAAGCUUACCGCCCCGGAGGCGAGGGAAGGUGGGACCGCCGGUGUUGUCCGAGAAGCAGGGAAGGGUUGAGCCGGUCCAAUUGGAGCCGACCGCUAGGGCGGGGCGAGAGGCCCGUAGCGAGGACGGAGGCGUUGCUGCCGCCGGCGAGAGGCCCGAGCGGCGCCGCCUUCCCCUGGACGAGAAGGAAGGGCGCGCAGUUCGGCGUCGCCAAGAGAUGACGGCCGGUGGCGGCGGAAGUGGCGGGGAGCUCGGUCGGGAGCUCGGUCGGGAGCUGCGGCUGCCGCUGGACGACGGAGGAACGGGGGCGGGGGCAGGGGCGGCCAUGACGACGGUGCCGCCGAAGGCGGCCGUCAGCUCUAUUUCGAUACGUUCUCCCGACGGCGUCGGCCUCGAAGAGACGGCCACGGCGGCGGCGGCGGCGGCGGCGGACUGGAAGACGCCGCCCGAAGGCCCGACACUCGUCGAAGCGACCGCCGUGACUACUCCGACACUCGUCGCUGUCGACCGGCCGGCCUUGGGUGAUAGACCGUUCGACGCACGGGCUUCAGGUGCUGCCGAGGGUACGGGAGCAGCGACAUCGGCGGUGGUACGAGGGCCGGUGCCGGAAGCUGCAGUGCCUCCCGAGGACGGCGGCGGCGGCGGCGUUACAUCGAUGGAGGAGGCGUUAUCGGGUGCCGGCAGGUACGACGGCGACGACGGGUUGCCCGGAACGGCGACGGAGGGUCCCAGCACAGCUGAUGCCAUUGCUGUGUUGAUGUCGUCCCCGACUGUUGGCGUUGCCGGUGAGGCCGGCCUGCCGAAACGGAGGGCGGCGAAAACGCCGGCGGAUGGCGCGGAAUCGGCGCCGAAGCCGGCGGCCACCGGUUCAUUGACCGACGGGACGCCCGACGGCAUCGGUACGGGCGAGGGCGCCGACGAUGACAAGAGCGAGAGCGACGAGGCAGCAGAGGGGAUCGCAGCGGUGACGGCGGUCGCGGCGGCUUCGGAAAGCCUGACGGCCGGCGACGACAUCUCCACGGACAAUCUCGACGACGAUGACACGGGCAAGAAGUGCACCGAGGUAGAGGAGCGGAUCGCAGUGGAAGAGACUGCGGGUGUUGUUCUUCAGGAUGAAACAGGAUCGGAGGAGAUCGGGGAUGAGGACGACGGCAUGGGCAAGGAGGGCGCCGAGGGAGAAGAGCGGAUCGCAGGGGCAGAGGCUGCGGGUGUUGUUCUUCGGGAGGAAACGAUGUCGGUGGAGGUUGGAGAAGGGCGGACACUUGCAACGACGGCGGGGGUUGUGAAGGAAGGAGGAAAUCAAGACGGGGUCGACAAUGAGGACGAGGAGAAGCAAGACGUGGCCGAGAUGGGACCGGGAGCGAGGGAAGAGGACAACUCCGAGGUGAGCGCUACGUUAGCGGGGAGAUCAUUUGGGCGUGAGCCGUCGCUCCCGGCGUUCAUGCGGCCCGAUGGGGGCAUGGUCACCGUGGAGUUCUUGACCGGGUGCAGAGCGGCGAAGAUCGCGCCCGGCCUGUCGGAGGAGUGCGGGUCAACCCCGAUGCUGCUGGGGUACACCGGAAAGAACUUGAUGGAGCUUAUCAGGCCGGGGAAGAAGGGCAAGGUGGCCUGGAGAUCCCGCAAGUCUCUCAUCAAGACAGCCAAGCAGUCCGUGGGGUUCAAGGUGUCCUCCAUGUUCCGCCGCAGAAGCAAAUCUCCGGAGGGGGGGGGACCCUCGGGACCCGCCCCCCCCCAGGCCAUCGCCGGCCUAUCCCUAAGGGAAACCUCCGACGGCCGCCUGGCCUUGAUGAAGGACCCCUCCGGCGGGAGCAGCGGCGGUGGCGACGGCGACAUGGAUGGCGAAGACCUCGGUGGGACCGCGGGACACGACGUGGUAGAGUUCGGCGUUUUGCUGGGAGGCGUUCCGGAGGCGGGGGUGGAGGAGGCGGUCGCUGGUGGUGGUGGUGGAGUGGGAGAUGGCAGGGGCGGCGGAGAGGAGAAGUACGCAGCGAUGCUCACCCCGGGCGGGGGGCUCUGCGUCUUUGGCACCCGCGGCGGGGUGCGGUGCAUGUCCCGGGGUGUCCACCGCUGGGCGACUCACGCCACGGGAGGCGAAGUUGCGUAAGGGGUAUGUAAGGCGGGCGGCAGCAGGUGUUUGCUUGGCUGCCGCCACGCGCGGGACGAGGGAAGAGCGGCCCCGUGGUUUGAGCGGUACAAUAGCGAGGGGGGGGGGGAUUCGUGGCGACCAAAUCCGGUAGGCAGGGGGUGUGCUUGGCGGCGGAACUGAAGCCUUGGCCGAUUUUGUGGGGUUUGGGAAGCCAGGGGUGUCUGUCCCGCUCACCGGGGUUUAUAACUGGUGAUUUUUUAGUCCGCAUCGUGGCGGGUGUUUCUUGUUAUGUCGGGGAGACUCUAGAGGGCACUUGUCUUCUUGGGGGGUUCAAUUGUUGGUGUUUGUUGCUUGUUUCUUCGAUUUGGAAAUGGGAAGGGGAUCGCUGGUGUGCGACGACCUCCAAUCCGGAAACGUGCGUGCUGUGUGUAGAGCUCAAAUGACGAUGAAGGAGGGGAUAACGGUGGCAAUAGAAGGCGGAGUUCGGCACAGCUGAGAAUGAUUUUCGUGGUCCCAAAGGGAAGGAGGAGCGUUGUAAAUGCUGGUUGUGUGUACCUUGUGACGCUCGAGAGGGAUGCCGGGUGGAAUAAUUUUGGUUUUCCGCUCCUUGUUUUUCUGUUGUCGUGUAAAUGCCGCAACUCGAUGUGUACGGUACGGAUUACUUUUGCGUUGAAGCGAGUGGACCAAUAUGGGUGAGGACGACAGGGUGAGAUUGGGUCCGUUGGCGGCAAAUGGGACGGAAGUGGGUCGCAUGUGGUGGGUGUUGGUAUUGCACGUAGACGUUUUGGACCCGUACUUUAGUUUAUUGUUUGGCAUUCAUGCCGCGCACAGUACAAUAUAUGUACGUUCAUGUAUUUUAACGGUCUCGAGAGAGGAAUCAUGGGUAGGAGUUACUUUGCUUAUCUCUGUCGAACGAACACAAGCGCGUGUAUGCAGAAGGUUUUAUUUCACGCUUGGAGGUGUCAUAUCUGCUUCCAUACUACUUGUAUGCGUAUUGAUAGAAAUAUCUGAACCAUCCUUGUGUUUUUUGCUACAGCAGUAGUCGUGUCGACCGUCACUUUAAAAGGCUUUUCAACGCAUCCCUUUGAGGAAAUUUCUCAAACGGUUAGUCUUGAUACGACGUAGAUUUAUGCGAAAGUUUGUUCUGAAUAGAUGGUCACAGGUUUGUUUGUAGUCGGCGUAGGAAAGGCGUGGCGAACCGUGCAGAGUGCCGCGAGGGUCGGCCAAGGGUUCAGUGAAGAAAAGAUUGGGGUAGCCGGCGCGUGGGUGUUGUUAUGUGUGGUGACAUAGCGGGCUGCUGCUUCUCCCCGUGUUAUUGUGUUGUGCAUCGUUUUCCCUGUCGGAAGUUUCAUUUUGCUGGCGCGGCCAUUGGAUAGCUGAAUCGAAGUACUUUUACUUGUUCGCCUGUGAUGUGAAGGUACAUUUUCUUGUUGCUGUCUUCAAUUCAACGUUUGCAAUCGUUCAUCAGCACGGAUGGGUUUGAGGCGAGGCCGUCUUCGCGUUGUAGCAAAGCCGCAAACCCAGGACUUGUAGCGGUUUGUCGGUAGAAGGGGCCUCGCAAAGCAUCGUCAUGCUUCUGUAGUCCCUGCCUUUUUCGCUGGCCAUAGAUUUCGACGGGUGGUGUUUUUUUGCCUAGAACGGACGAAACCGCGAUACACUGUAGAAGUACUGCAUAGUCUAUGCAUACAGGAAUAUCGGCUACAUACAUGCACCAGUCGCAACCCUGGACCUGGGAAAGAUCUGCGGAUGACAUGCCGUAGGAGGAACUCGAAGAUGCCGUGAUGAGCGCUCUCCCAGCUGCUUCCCAGUCGAAGGAUC